AUUUUUCUACAAUGAAAAAGAGAUAUUCGUAUUGUCUUACGUGUUGAUAAAGUGGUGGGAGCCAGCUGCAACUCCGAUCAAAAAGCUCAGGAGAAAAUCGAAUAAUUUGUUGCGUCCGCUGACGGUUACCAGUUGGGGUUAAAAGUUUUAUAGGAGUUACCAGUAGGGUUCAGCAGUUGAUUUUUUAAUAUUUUAUUUCAUACCAUUAGUGCAGUGACAAUGAAGAAUCAAGGAUUUGCUUUGGCCAUCUUUGGAACACUUUUCUUUUUAAUCGAUACAGGCUUCGCUAUUCAAUGUUGGAAAUGUACAUCUCAAACAGAUGCCACAUGUAGGGAUUACUUUAACACCACCAGAAUUCUCCUAAACCAAAGACACAUGGAUGCGUAUUCUUAUGGAAAUCUUCAACCGGCAAGAACUGAUCCUCAUUUGUCGCCUUGCGAUGGGAUGCAUACGUCUACUUUUGGGCAAUUCAAAAAUGUGUGCUUGAAACGAGUUAUUUCAACGCCAAAUGGUCUCCAUGAAGUCCAUCGAGAAUGUAGAAUGGUGCACAAAGAUUUGAGAGUUGGAGAUUGUCCAGAUGAGAUUUUAAACAAUCGUCCUAGAGAUAUGGAAUAUUGCGGAACUUGUGAAUAUGAUGGAUGCAAUUCAGCAACUACACACAGUAUAGCGUUUUUCGGAUUAUUACCGGCAUUGUUACUUUUGCUUGAAAAAUAAAUCUGCAGCUGGUAAAGUGAUCAAAAAUAUAGUACAUAAUAAAACAAAAAUUUAUUUGAUAUAAAAAUUUGGAGAGAUGGUUAAAUAAGAGUUGUGUUAUUUUUUUCAGUUUAUUUUAUGUAAAUAUUAUGGUUUGUACAAAUAGUGUAAUUAGUUUCCUAAUUAACGUAGAACAUUUAAUUUUCUCAUACAGUCUUGCCUUAACUAAUCUAUUUCAUUCGAGAUCUACUUCAAUGUCGAUCUUGUAAGUCAACGUGCAAACAAUGUUGCGUCAAGUGUGAAAUUCGAAUCCAAUUUUCUUCACUUUUAGCAUUGAACUAUUUGCUUUUUUCCUUUUAAUUUAUUUACUAAUUGAUGUAGUUUUUAUUUUAACCAAAGAUGUGUCCUUACUGAUCUAGUUAGAUUUUCUCAACAGUGGUGUUUAUAAAAUGAAAACGAAUUUUUUUGUAAUUGAAAAAUAAAUAUGAAUAACUGAGAUAA